CAAUCAUCAACAGUCAACAUGUCGUAUUGCUGCUCAUAUUCCCUUUGCUUUCAUGAUUAAUUAGCUGCUUGCUCCAACUUUGCAAUCCCCAUCACAAUUGCCCCUCGCCACAAUGCCGAGCGACGAAGACUGUGCGAACCCGAUGCUUGUGAAGAUCAUGAAAGAAUGGUGGGAUAAGGCUCGAGACCGCAACAGCAAGGGACAACUUUCUUACAAGAAAGCUUAUGAUGCAUUGAAAGGGUGCCCACUCAAGUUUGAUCACGCUUCGGAAGCCACAAUGCUCUCUGGCAUUGGACCAACAUUUGCUAAGAAGCUUGCAGAGGCCGUGGAAGAUCACUGCAGAAAAAACAACCUGCCAAUACCCAAGAAGCCCAGGAAGAAGAGGAAGCUGAAUCUUGGCGAGGACGGAGAUACCGGAGAGUCUGCGUCGCCAUCACCAAAGAAGAAGAGAAAGCCCAAGCCAUAUGUACCGGCUUUGAGAUCAGGCCCAUAUGCCAUCAUGUUGGCGUUGUCCACGUUGGAUGAAGAUCAUGCUGGAAUCGACAAGCAACGGGUCAUCGCAUUGGCACAACAGCAUUGUGAUUCGUCUUUCACGGUACCCCAGGACGCCGGGAAAUUUUACACAGCUUGGAACUCCAUCGGUACUCUCAAGGAUAAGGAUCUUGUUUCGGAGAAGGGUAGGCCGACCAAGAAAUAUGCAUUGACCGAUGAUGGAUGGGAAGUAGUCAAUAGGAUCAAGAAGGCCAGCGAUCCAUCUCAAGGCCGUUUAGAUACAUUCGUAGGCGCUCAGAGGGCUACGACGGACAACGACGACGAUUCUCCUGAUGUUGCAGGAAGUCCUAUUCCGGCUUCAGCUCCAGGUCUACCUAUUGAACCGUCUAUGGACUCUGCGACUGCGGACCUCAUUCCACAAGGAUCAGUGGUCGCCAAUCCUAACGCUCUGCCAACCUUCAGUCCGAUUGUGCUCGAGCCUGGCUCCUUCACGGUCGAAUUGGUCCUCGACAACCGUGAAAUCUUUGGGAAGAAUGAUCGAGACUACAUGGAGAAGAACCUCACUGCAAAGGGAGUCAUACCAAGCGUACGUGCUCUGAAGUUGGGCGAUGUACUUUGGGUUGCCAAAAUGCACGAUCCUGGACUGUUGAAUCGACGGGGUCUUGAGGGCGACGAGAUCAUGUUAGACUACGUUGUUGAGAGGAAAAGACUCGAUGACCUUGUGUCUUCAAUCAAAGACGGUCGCUUUCACGAACAAAAGUUUCGACUGCGCAAAUCAGGAAUCAAGAACGCAAUCUACAUCGUAGAAGAAGUCACCACUCGUUCAGACUCAAUUACGAAUAUGGCGGAAGCGAUCACAACUGCCAUUGCAUCUUCUCAAGUCAUCGACGGCUAUUUCGUCAAGAGGACCCUCAAGAUGGAUGACACAAUCCGCUAUCUCGUUGGCAUGACGAAACUCUUGAAGCAGAAAUAUGAGAGCAAGUCAUUGCAUGUCAUUCCAACGAGUGUUGUUACAGUGAACAACUACAAUCCUCUGCUAGCACAUUUAGAAAAGAAAGAGCCUGCGAUCGACUAUCAUCUCACCUACGACGCCUUCGCCUGUCUCGGAUCCAAGUCAGAAACUUUGACAUUACGUGACAUUUUCCUCAAGAUGCUCAUGUGCACAAGAGGUCUGACGGGGGAGAAGGCAAUCGAACUGCAGAAGAAAUGGAAGACUCCUAUCGAGCUCAUCGAAGCAUAUCGGAAGAUUGAGGAUGUGCACGGGAGUGGUGAAGUGGGCAAGAACAGGAAAUGGGAUAUGGUGUCGAAGGCGAUGGACCAUCCUGUUCCGAGGAAGAAGAUUGCGAAGGCUUUGAGUACAAAGAUUGCGGAAACUUGGGGCGACGCUUCGACGGCGAUGGCAUGAAUUGGUUGUCUGAUAUUUGAAGUUUUGAACUAAUGUGUUUGGUACGCAGCUGUCUGUUAUUGACAUUGGAAUUGGAGUUUGGUCGUAACGUACGAGUAACAAAGCGUCACCUUCGUGUCGAUACUUAUUGUUCAAACAUAUGUUUUGUUUUGUUUGAUCAUUUCUCAGAUAUGUCCGGAUUGAAUAUCGUUGAAUCAUGCUGGG